GUUUUUUCCCCCCCUCGACGUUUCGACAGAGAAACAGCGGAUUUAUUCCGUUUUUAGCCACUUACGCGAGCUAGGGGACAAAGGAGACACGUAUUGUUUUUGGGUGUAUUGGAGAUUAUUGGAUUAAUUUCUUCACUGUGUGUUUCCCCUGUGACGUCCGGGACCGGAGAAGAGACGUUUCCCCCCCGACAGCUGGUUUGCGGAUUCCCCCUGCAAGCACUUGAAGUUGUGUGAGCCAGCUGAGAUGAGCGGUCCAGAGGUGGCCAAGACACCGGGAGGCGGUGCUCCGGGCAAGGAGGGAAAGGAGCCAGUGGCCAAUGGGCACGCAGGAGAGGGCAGCGACGCCAACCCGUUUGCUGAGUACAUGUGGAUGGAGAAUGAAGAAGAGUACAACAGACAGGUGGAAGAAGAACUGCUGGAGCAGGAGUUCUUGGAGCGCUGCUUCCAGGAAAUGCUGGAGGAGGAGGACCAGGAUUGGUUCAUCCCUUCACGUGACCUUAACAACCAGGGGGUGGGGCAGCUGCAGCAGCAGCUCAACGGCCUGUCCGUCAGCGAUCACCAUAACAACCUGGAGGAAGUGGCGAGGAAGAGCAUCUUGAAUCCCGAAGCGAAGGAGUUUGUCCCGGGGAAGAAAUACUAGGAGUCCCCCUCACCCCCAUGGAGCCUCCACGCGCGCGCACUCAUACACCAGCUCUCACAUAUUCUCAGAGACUCUGGCGGCCACGCCCGCACACACACUGAUUCACACACUCACGCACACACUUGAAGUCCAAGGCGUGCUGGCGGGCCCAGUCGGGGGGUGGGGGGAUUUCUUUUUUUUUUCUUUCUUUCUUUUUGUUUCUUUAAUCUUUUAUUUCCUGUUUGUUUCUUGUAUACUGAGGGACAUUGGGAACGGGUGGGGGAGGGGUGUAAUACCAGCACCGUCUUGCAGCGGGCGCUAGCUCAUCAUUGCAUUUCAGAUGACACCGUUGAGGCUUACAGAGCAUGCAGAUCUCAUUGAUUUCGCCGUGCAACCGAGGCAGCUACCAAGCAGUGAUACCAGGACAAAACAUCUAAUAAACGUGAGAAAUGACUGCACAUACGUGUUCAUUUGUGUGCUGUCGGACUUAAUAAAAACACGGUCCGAAGGUUAAGGGUCUCCAUGACGGUGAGGAUAGAGAAGGACUUAGAUUUCCGGGGUCUUGAUGGGCUCUUGCAGCUGCUCUGUUGUGUCAUCGCGGUCGGUCGAGCCCGUUAACGUUUGCCCCUAUUUUGUCAUGAGCUCAUGUGACAUCACAGCUCUUGUGCGUUUUUUAGAAAUGCGCGUUCUUUAUUUGUAUUUGCAGCGGCUCCGUUCCAAACCAAAUUACAGACCCCAUCCCGCCCAGCACGCUUGUUUUGAGGUGAUCUUAACAGACACGGACAGGUGUAAUCAUGGAUUAGAAGUUAUUUUCCCAAUUUAUGUGGAAGUCCAUGUUUAUCUUUUGUCCAGUUUAUUAGAACGCAGUGAGUUUCUCAAUCAUGCAUCAAGUUGAGUUAAGCAAGACAAAUGUUAGAGGGAAGCUCAAAGAUUUGUGAACCGUAAAAAAAAAAAAUGAAGAAAAAAAAAAAAGACUUCAGUUCUCAUUAUGUUCAGUUUUGUUCAUGGCUUCAUCCUUCAGUUCUAUUUGGAUUUAAGAGGUGUAGUGAGCAGCCUUGUUACAGGGGAGUAUUUGGUCUGGAACAAAGUCAACAGCUUGGUGUGUCCGGCAUCCGUGUCAUCAGUGUCCAUUUCCAAAUCAGGUUUUAAAACCUCUCCUCAUCCUUUUUUUUUUUUCUUCUUUUUUCUCUGUUUUUGAGGAUGAGGAAUUUUGUGUCUCUACUGGGUACAGUAACCUGUGGUGUCCAUUCAGGCCUGUUUGCAGGAGGAAACUUGAGGAGACAAUAUUGUCGUGGCCAAUCAGAAUAAAGCAGUAUGGAACACAUGGCAGACAGUAGGCCUAUGGCUUCCUUGCUGUCUUCUUUGUACAUUGACUUUUUUGAGGAAGUUCUUCUUAACCAUAACUCUUUUGUUGUUUUCUGGCUUUCCCUGAAGCAUCGCCCCUCACUAUGAUCUCCGUUUAAGUUGUAAAACAUUCAGGAAAAGGUUGUAAUAUGUGAAGAUGCUUUCUAGGAAACCCAGAAUCCCAUCAACGGUAAACAUGAAUUAAUUAGUACGUUCUAGUUCUCGGCCGUCUUGGGUUGAAAAUGCAGAGACAAUAUUGUCGCUGUGUGUUCUUGAUGCCACUGUUUAUUUGUGGUAUUAGUGGCAAUGUCUUUCUGUAUUUUUACUGUAAUGGCAGACACUUGUACACUUGCACUCUGAUUUGAGUAACAAGUACUCAAGUGUGUUCCUAAAUGGGCAGCAGAGACUGAGUCAUCUUGGUUAAAUGGAACUUCCUCACACAGUGUUGGACCACACAAUGGCGCCCUGGUGAAGCCAAUAGGAAUGUCCGCCAGGUGGAUUGUACAACAUGAAAUCAUUUUUGGUGAUUUUGUUUAGAUGCGUUAGAUGACAGAAGCCGUUUAAAAAAAAAAAAA